UCGACGUGAAUACCUAGCGCGAGUAAACAAUUAUCAAAAAUGUCGCGGUGAUUUCGUUAACAUCGAGUGAGUAAUUUUUAACCUCACGAUGAGCUGAAUAAUACAUCGUCGAAUGCUAAUCUUCGCCCAUAAAGAUGUAAUUGGUUAUUCCGAUGGGCGACAUAUCCUCAUUAUGAACAUAUCGAUAGUGAAGAUAUAUCUAAGUACGUAAUGAACACUUCUUACACGGUCUGCAAUCGCUGAUAACAGAUGUGCUGCGAACCUCAGUAAAACUCAUUUGAUAACCUAUAUGAAAAAAUUAAAUCGAAUUUUUUCAGGUAUCGUAUGCAACAUAUCACUGAUGACUAAUAAUUUACUCGUUAACGGUUAUAAUUGUUUGUACUACACGACCAAUCAAAUACGUUCGGUUCAUUGUAAACAUAGUGAGUUUGAUGAUGUGCCUCAAGACUUAGAUAUUAGAAUUGAGGAAAUAAUUUUCGAGAACAACACAUUCGUACAAAUGAGCGAGAAAUCAUUCAUAAAAUACAGUAAUUUAACCAUGAUCAAGAUAAGAAAUACGAAAUACUUGAACAAAGUGAAUCCUAUACACAAGAACGUCUUCAGAGAGCUACACAAACUGAUUUUUCUAUCAAUCGAGAAUACUUUCACGGAAUUCGACGCUUCUUUCACGUUACCUCGAAGUUUGAAGAAAUUAUCCUUAAGUGAAAAUAUUUUUUUAGAAAGUGUCGACUUAAGAAGCGCUACUUCGUUGAGCGAUUUUUACGCUUUCGACUGUUCUCUGCGUUCGUUUCCUCAGUUUAAUAUACUAGCUCCUUUGACCACCGUAGACGUAAGAUGGAACCCUAUGGAUAACUGGACAGCCGAAAGUCUAGCGCCAUUUUGCUUAUUACGAAACUUAAGCGUUGAAUGGGGCGAUAAAGCUGCCAGAUUAACAGAACCUAAGCGUUAUUGUCAAUGCUUAAGGUUAGAGAACUGGAUCAAAACGUAUAAAAUAACCGUCCAAUAUUCCUUAAAUUGUACUCCUCCAGCUAACACCCAAGAUACUAGUGAUAAUUGCAGUACGAUAUACUCGAAAGAAACGCUGCAACAACGAAAAGAAUGUUUAGAACGAUAUGCGGAAUCGGAGGACCAUCCUUGGGCAUUCGUAUUACUCGCUACGUUUUUCACCAUACCUGUCUCGGCCGUAGGAUUUUAUCAAUUGCGAAUGCAGAAAACCAACGUUCGAAAAAAAAGAGCUGCCGAACAUUCGUCUGAAAAGAAAAAAGUAACAAAGAAGGAUAAUAAAUCCACUACAAGAGGACCUGAAAAAUCUGAGCGUGGUGGAGAAGCAGAGCCAAAGUCGAGAAAAGAAGAACAAGAAGAAAAAGAGAAACACGAUAAGGAAAAACAUGGCGACAAGAAACAUCACCAUCAUGAGGAAGAAGAAGAGGAAGAACUAGAAGAAGAGCACGAUGAAGAUGAAUAAAAAAGGACACUUUUGGGAGAUAAAAUCUGAAGAAGUUCGCUUUGUAUCUUCGGUAACUUCGCGAGAUAAGUUCGCGUUUCCGAAUAAUAAUAAUAACCAGUCAUCUUAUCAUUAUUUUUUAAAGGUGUAAAAGGAGAAGAAUUCUUUUUGAAUGAGAAUAUUACCAACGUAGCUGGUCGUUAAUUUACCAUUUUAGCUUGUUGUAGGGUUUAUAGAGUUACUCAGCAUGGUGUAAUUUUUUUUAAAAAAACGAAUUGUUAAUUUUAUUUCCAUUUUUUGAUUCGCUCUGUUGAUAAUGUCGUUCUAUGUCGUGGUAUUAUUGGUGAAGUUGAUUUUUCGACGAAUUUAGAAAUCGAUAUAAUAGGUAUAGGUAUUUCUAUACCUACUUCGUAACUACCUACUCGUAUUUGUGUGUAAAUAAAAAUAAUGCU